AUGGGUUGGGUUGGGUCGGUUUUUACCCCAACCCAACAUGUUCGGUUUUAUUUAUAUUCAACACAACCCAACCCAAUUAACGAUUUAAACCCAACCCAACCUGAUCAAGUUCGGGUUGGGUUGGCUAUGACAUCAAUUCGGGAAAUGGCAGCCAUUGACUAUUCAAACAAUUUCUCAUGGGUUAGCUCGUGGCUCACUAUAAAAUUACAAGAGAGUCGUCGUCAACCCUCCAAGAAACUGCAAUUAACUAGACACAAAAGAAUGACAGAGAGCGUAGUAUCAUUUCUAGUGAAUCAGCUAGCAACACUGAUCCAAGAAGAGAGACAACUAUUAGGAAGUCUUGAUGAAAACUUCAUGUAUAUCCAUGAUCAACUGGAGCUAAUGCGGCCUUUUUUGCAAGGUGCUGAUGCACAAGAUGGCAAUCCUCAACUCCAAGCAUGGGUUAAACAAGUGAGGGGGGUUGCUUAUGAUGCUAAAGAUGCCAUCGACACAUUUAUGUUACAACUUGCAAAUCUUUGUGCAGAAGAUAGUGCCCAUAAUAUUGCGUCUGAUUUGGAAAACAUCAAGGGAAGGGUCACGAACAUUUUUGAAGCACGUGAGAGGUACCAAAUAAAAAAUGUUGCACCGCUGAGAUCUAGGUCUACCUUAUUGUUUGAUGGGCGUAAUGAUGCACUUUUGGUGGACGAAGCUAAGCUUGUAAGAAUUGACAGGCCAAAAGAAUUGCUCAUUAAAGAGCUUCUUGAUGAUGAAACUCGGCUUAAAGCUAUUUCUGUGUGGGAAAUGGGAGGAUCGAGGAAGUCCACAUUGGUUAAACGGAUUUACGAGGAUGAACGAGUGAAAGGAAAAUUCUGGUGCCAUGCUUGGAUCACUGUUUCUCGGUCCGUUCCCAUCAUGGAGCUUCUCAAAGACUUGAUUCGAAAGUUGCCCGAUGAAAUCAAGGAACCUAUACCUCAGGAACUCAAACAAGAGGUUGAAUUGAAAGAACUUGUCAAGAAAUUCCUCUCUGAAUGUCAGUAUAUUAUAGUUUUUGAUGAUGUAUGGAGCACUGAUUCAUGGGAUGCUCUUAAGCAUGCACUACCUGACAAAAAUAUGAGUAGUCGUGUAGUGCUCACUACACGGAUACUCGAUGUGGCUAACUUAGCCAGUGGGACGGAAUAUCCGGGCUAUGUCCAUGAAAUGGAGGCCUUAUCUGAUGAAGACUAUUGUAAACUACUUUGUAACAAGACUGGAAACGAAACCAUCCCCCGACAUCUAAAAGACUCUACAAAUGGCAUAUUGGAUAAAUGUAAGGGUUUGCCUCUUGCCAUUGAUGUUGUUGGUGGUCUAUUGGAUAUGAAGGACAAGAACAACAUAGAGGAGUGGAGUACAGUUUGUAGCUACCUUAACACCAAGCUACAUGGUUAUAGCGAUAACCUUGAAAGAAUACGACAAAUACUUCUUCUAAGUUACCAUGAUUUGCCUUACUAUCUCAAGACUUGUCUAUUGUACUCGAGCAUUUUCCUUGAAGAUAGUACUAACUUUGAAAGAAUACGACAGGUACUUCUUCUAGGUUACUAUGAUUUGCCUUACGAUCUCAGGACUUGUCUAUUGCACUUGAGCAUUUUCCCUGAAGAUCAUAUGAUUGACUGUAUGAUAUUGAUUCGUUUAUGGAUAGCUAAAGGAUUUGUGCAAGGGAAAGAAAGGUUGACAAAAGAAGAGGUUGCACUUCGUUAUCUUGAGGUGCUUAUUAAUAGAAGCCUAAUCCAAGUUGUAGAGAGAUAUCCAGAUGGAAGGAAUAUUGUGAGCACAGGAAUCGGAAGAGAUUCAGAGUUGCCUGAUAAAGUUCGAAGGUUGGCAAUACGUACUUCCGUAGACAGCGGCCACCUAGAAAUUAAUAGGUUGAAAUAUCUACGAUCACUGAUAUUAACAGUAUCCGAAUAUUCACUAUUUGAAUCAUUCUCAUCGGAGCUGCGAUUUGAAUCAUUCUUAUCGGAGCUACUGUCAGGUAGUCGAAAGUUGCUAAUGGUAUUGGACUUAAGAGAUGCUCCACUAGGAAAGAUCCCAAGUGAAGUUUUCAAACUUUAUCAUCUUACGUAUUUGAGUCUCAGGGGGAUAGAGGUUGAUGUAAAAAUUGAGUAA